AUGUACCCCUCUCUUGAGGUUGAACAACAUAGUGAGAAGAAUAACGAUUCCUCCUGUUCUGAGAAGGACAUGGCUGCUGAAGGUUUGUGCUCUCCAGGGCAAACUGUGUCUGGUAUGGGAAAAUUUGUGGCAUCUAAAACUGCCAAUGCUUCCCACACUGAGAAGUAUGAUGAUGCAAACGAUACUCAAAAAGGAAGAUUUAUGGUUGAACUUAUGUCAGCUAGAAAAACUAAGAAGACUGCUGGUAUUGGUCCCUCCAAAUCUUGGAGCAAGGUUGAAGUGAAGAAGAGGAAGGUUAGAGAAGAUUUUGAAUCUGAAAAGGAUGUUGAGGAAGAUGUCCCUGACAUCUCUCCUGUGAAGAAAACCACUGUGAGGAAGUCUCCUGUGAAAGUUGUUGUUGUGCAUUUGGAUAAUAUCUCUUUGUAUCUUGAGGAUGGAGCUUCCAAAUGGAAAUUUGUGAUUCAAAGAAGGGUGGUUAUGGAAAGGGAGUUAGGAAAGGAUGCUGCUGAAAUCAAGGAGGUCAUGGACCUGAUAAAGGCUGCUGGGUUGUUGAAGACUGCGGCUGGGUUCUCUCAGUGCUAUGAGGGUUUAGUUAAGGAAUUCAUUAUCAACAUUUCUGAGGAUAUUGCUGAUAAGAACAGCAAGGAAUUUCGCAAAGUGUUUGUGAGAGGUAAGUGUAUCACAUUCUCUCCCACUGUUAUUAACAAUUUUCUGGGAAGAAAAGUUAAGGGUGCAGGUGAAUUGGAAGCUACAGACAAUGAGGUCUGUAGAGAAAAUACAGCUAGGCAGGUGAAAGGGUGGCCUAUUAAAAAGCAUAUUCCUGUUGGGAAGUUGACUGUCAAGUAUGCUAUAUUGCAUAAAAUAGGAGGUGCAAAUUGGGUUCCUACCAACCAUAUUUUCAUAAUUGAUAAUACCCUUGGAAGGUUUAUCUUUGUUGUUGGAACCAAAAUGAAUUUUGACUAUGGCAAGCAUGCAUCUACUAAUGCAGUUAAGCUGCCUAUUACCUUUCCCUCUAUGAUUUGUGGGAUUAUCCUGAAUCAACACCCUGGUAUUCUGAGUUCUAAUGAUUUACCUAGUAGAAGAAAACCUGCUCUAUCUGUGCACUAUAAACUGUUUGAAGACAGUCAUGUCGAAGAUAUUGUCAUGACAUCUGCCAUGAAAAAUCCAGCCUCAAAAGUUGGAACUAUUGUUGAGCUUAAAGAGACUUGUAAAGAGCUGGGUGAAGGGAUAAGGGAAUUAUUAGCUGGUAUAUCUUAA